AUGAUCAUAAAUGAGGCCUUGAUACUUUAUCCAUCUGCAGUGCAUCUGUUACGAAUGGCUCGCGACUCGAUGAAACUUGGAAGGCUCUCAAUUCCAGCAGGCACACACCUUGAGCUUCCCAUACUGGCAAUUCACCAUGACCCUGCAUUGUGGGGAAAUUAUGCCAAAGAUUUCAACCCAGGGUGGUUUAGUGAAGAAAUUGCAAAGGCUGCAAAGCAUCUAAUGGCAUCCAUGCACUUUGGUGCAGGUCCAACUAUUUGUGUGGGCCAAAAUUUUGCCUUGUUGGAAGCAAAAUUAGUUUUGGCCAUGAUUCUACAAAAAAAUUCUUUUGUGAUUUCCCAUUCUUAUGCUCCUAUGUUUUCACCUACUCUGAUUCGUCAAUACGGAGCUCAGGUUAUCUUCCGCAUGCACAUUUCUGAGAAUAGUACUGCCUAG